AUGGCAAUCUGGACGCGUUUCCAGUUGCUUCUGCUCCUGGUCGCCACUCUGGCGGCCAGGGUGCUUGCUCAUGCCGAAUGUCACCACGUCGAGACAGUUAUGCUUCAGGAUCCUUCUACUGGCGAGCGUUUCCAGGCUGGUGAAGUUAAUCUUCUGCCUCCCUCUGUGCUUGGUCGCGCUCUCCGACAUGCUGCUGAUUGGAUCACUGUUACUGUUACCGAGACUACUUGUGGACCGGAUACACACGACUCCACUACUACAGUCACCACCGAUGUACCUUGCACGACUGAAACUACUGUGACUACUCCUGUGCCCGUGGUCAUUCAGACUACUGUGCCAGAUGUUUCACACACUUCGGUUCCCAGCACUACAAGUGUUCCCCUCACUUCCGUGUCCAGCACUAUUGUGAGCUCGCAGACCACUGUGCCGGUCGUUACUCUCUCGUCGACCUCCACUCAGCCCACCGUGCCCGGCACUACAAGUGUUCCCCUCACUUCCGUGUCCAGCACUACUGUGCCGGUCGCUACUCUCUCGUCAACCUCUACUCAGCCCACCGUGCCCGGCACUACAAGUGUCCCCCUCACUUCCGUGUCCAGCACUACCGUGAGCUCGCAGACCACCGUCCCAGUGGUUACUCUCUCGUCGACCUCUAGUGUCUCCGAGUCGUCGACUCAGACCACUGUGUCUACCACCUCUUCGAUCUCGGUACCUACCGUGCCUAAGAUCGUCACUGGAUCUACCGUGCCUCUUUCAAGCGGGACUUCGGUGUCCAGCAGCACUAUACUGCCAACCGGAAGCGUUAGUUCGUCUACAAUCCCUUCAGCCACCACUGUGUCGGUCACUGCGACCAGCUCCCCUGUGCCUCCAACCGGUACCGGCGUGGCCCCAGUUCCUUUCACUACUGUCGAGACGCAAACCACAUCCGUUGUUUCUCAUACCCUUUCCACUGUUGUUCCAGGCUCCCUUUCACCCAACACUACUAGUGUUGUUCCAGUGCCUGUUGGAACUGGCCAGAGUCAAACCACUUCUACGGUCACUGGUCCCGCAACUGAGGUUACAACUGAAACAGUUACUUCCCCAUGUGCUCUCUCCACCGGAGUGUCUCCCAACCCUGGAAAGACCGAGAUCCCUGCACCUGGCAAUGAAGUGACUACAGAUAGCACCACCCUCUCCCGUUCUACUAAGGUAGUUCCCCCUGUUCCUGGUACGACUGCAGUUGCAUAUACCAACUCAACUGUGCCUCAGGCUCCUGGCCCCGUCACUGAAGUGACUACGGACUUCAUCACCUCGCCCUGCCCUGAGUCUACUGGAGUGGCUCCUACCCCAUGGACCACUUUGAUCACCGUCACUGUCGCGGUCCCUUGCACUGAGACCACCCGGUGCCUCACCACCAGCGUUCUUACCACCAGUACUUUGCUGGUUUACAACACAACAACUGUUCCGGUACCCGCACCAUCUGCCAAUACCACUACCGAGAUUCAGCCCACAGUUCCCACUCCCGUGGGGACUACCACUGUCUCAGUGACUCCAAUUCCGGCUACUGUCCCUGUGUCCUACACAACUACCCAAGUUGUGACCACGGUCAUCAAGCCAACUGCUCCUGGUGUCGCUCCUGAGGAGACUACCGAGGUGGUGACCACGGUCAUCAAGCCCACAGUCCCUGGCUCUGUUCUAGAAAAGACCACCGAGGUUUUGACCACGGAAACCAAGCCAGCUGCUCCCGGUGUCGUUCCUGAGGAGACCACCGAAGUUGUGACUACGGUUCUCAAGCCAACUGCUCCCGGUGUCGUUCCUGAGGAGACCACCGAAGUUGUGACUACGGUUCUCAAGCCAACUGCUCCCGGUGUCGUUCCUGAGGAGACCACCGAAGUUGUGACUACGGUUCUCAAGCCAACUGCUCCCGGUGUCGCUCCCGAGGAAACCACCAAGGUGGUGACCACUGAUCUCGUGCCUCUUCCAGAAGCCACCGCAGUCGAGGUUACUACUCACGUCAAGACACCCGUCCCUGCCCCGGUGUCCAUUGCCAAUGAGCAGACCACCGAGACCAAGCCGCUUGCCGUGGCUCCGACCACACUGGCCACCACUGUUGUUCCCAAGCCCCCUGCAACUCGGCCUGAGGGUGGCAAGACUGAUGUCCAGGCUUCAGGCACUGAAGGUAGUGGCUCGGCUCCCCAGAAGCCCACCACUAGCCCUAUUUUCAAUGGUGCCAGCGCUAUUGGGGUCGUGGACAGCCGUCUCUUGGCCCUGAGUAUUCUAAUUGCUUUGUCCCAUGCUAUGCAUUAUGUGAUUCUGUGA